GUAGCCGCGCGAUAUUUGAUAAGUAGAUCAACGCCGUUCGGGCUAGCACGUUUAUAUCAGCGCUAAAUCGUAAUACUGAGAAGAGGACACAACUAACGCGUGAAUGUACUUUAUUGCAGUUAAUAUAUCGACGAGUUUCUUCAUCUGAGUGAUAUUUAACUUCAGUUCCAGCUACUCAUCUUCAGCACUACACUUUGAAAGGGAGCUCUGGUUUGGCUCCGGCCACGAAUCCCUCAGGAUGUCCAGACGCAGUCUCCGUCUGCAUACCGGCACGGGUCACUAUGGAGAUGACAACCCAUUUGAAUUGUCACUAAACUCCAGUGCCAUCUACAGCCGCAAAGAUGACAAGCUUAGGAGCAGAAGGGAUUAUCAAUCUUUCUCUGGGUCGACUCCACAAACGCCAAGACCUUCAACAUCAUUCCAGCAUGCCCAUAACAGCACCCUGAACAGCUGUCCACCCAGCGAUGCCUCUCUGCUUUCUUCUCUGCUGGAUGAAUCAUACAUACAUGAACGUACUCUCGUCGAGAGAUGCUGGGACAGUGGACACCACAGCACUGUGGACCCAACGCCACAGACCUCCAGCGCACAGAAUGACUACAACUGUAAAGACUGCAGCUUCAGCAGUGACAGGAGAGAGAACCACGGCUCUCCCUCGACCUCAUCCGCCCCGCACGCCGAUGCUGGGCAUCAAGCGUCUUUUGCACAAUCACCCAGCGCUGCCUCAUUUCCUACUGCCUCAAACACUACAGUGUACUGCAGGGACAACCGCAGAAACAAGACAGGUGUGUUGAGGGUGUUGUCGCAGAUGUUUGUUCAUAUCAUCAGGAAAAUGGCUACCUAUGUAGCUUUCAUAUUCACCCUGCUGAUGCAAUGCAUCCUGCUUAAAGGCCUACUGCUCUCAAUGUGGGGAUGCUGUGUGCGGCUAUGUAAGAGACUUUCUGGCUUCAUGGCUGCUGUGCUGAGAAAGAUCCUGUGGUGGAGAAAAAAACCAAGCGUCACUUUUAAUGAAGGUGUUGUGCGAAAAUUACACCGAUUUCCACAGUAUUGUCGUCUUGAAGUUGAAGUUUCAAUAAAGGAUGUAAUUGUGCAUCAAAAAGGCAAUGAGAAAUACUACAGCACUAUGAGUGUUAAAGAGGUGGUGGUGCAGGAGCGACCCAAACACAGCGGCGUUUUGUGUGACGACUGCAAAAGAAAGAACACUCAACCUUACCAGGAUAAAGAGCCUGGAGGGGACUUAUGGUCCCUUAUAGUUUUAACAGGGAAGGCGGCCUCAGCAAGUGUCUUGCGGCUUGUCAAUCUCUUUGCCCAGUUUCUCCCUAUGCUGUCAAAACUCUUAUUUCUUGUCCCAUUUCUUCUGUUUCUCGCUCUGUGGUACUGGGGCCCGUCGGGACUGGUGGCCCUAUUGCCUUCUGAUAAUCAUCACAAACCACCAAUAUCUCAAACCUACACGAGUGACGCCAAAGAGGGACCAUCUCCUGUCAAAACAAACUCUCAGCGGGCCUCAGUUCUGAUGACUUCAGUAGAGGCGGAGAGAUUCACACGUUUGGAGGAGGGUUUGGCCCAGCUGUGGGAUCGAGUGGCGGGAGGUUUGUUGAGACAGGAGGAACAGCACACUGAAGUCCUCAGUCUCUAUAACACGCUUCGAGUGGAGUUUCACAGACACACAGACAGAGAGAGUAUGGCCAAGUGGAUCGGAGACAUGCUGGAGGAAAGAUUCAGUUAUCUGAAGAAGGAAGUGGAGAAACAGUCCAAGGGCACACAACAAACUCGAGAGAAACGCAAGGACGAUGGUCAGUCAGAGAACGCUCGACUGGCUGAAGCUGAAGCUCUCUUACAGACACUAACUCGCAAAACUGAGGAGCUACAGAGAAAACAUGAACAAGAGGUACAGAGAAGACUGGAGCAGGAACAGGCACAGAGAAAUAAAGUUUCUGAGGAUGAGACGGGCAAACAUGAUCCUGACGACAGUGAUGAUUCUGACGGCAGCUCUAGUGAAGUUGUGCUGUCAGAGGUGAAGAGGCUGGAUAAUGAGUUGGACCGCAUCAGAGAUGACGUACAGGGCCUGAUGGGAUGCAAAGACCGAUGUGAACAACUGGACGUUCUUAAGAACUCUGUUUCAGAGCAUGUGGAGAAGGAAGUGAGGUCUCUGUUUUAUGGCAGUGACAAUGCAGAUGAGCCGGAGCUUCCCGAUUCUCUCAUGCAAUGGCUGUCUGAUAAAUUUGUGAGCACCACUGAAUUGCAGAUUACACUCCGAGCUCUGGAGAGCAGCAUUCUGGGUAACCUGUCCCUGCAGAUAGACGAGAACCAGUCACCAUCCAAAGAGACGAUCACCAAAACUGUACUGCAUGCUACAGGAGAUGCCGGACUCACUGAGGAUGAUGUGCAAUUGAUUGUAAACAACGCUUUGAAGAUCUACUCUCAAGAUCGCACCGGUCUGGUGGACUACGCGUUGGAGUCUGGAGGGGGCAGCAUUUUAGGCACACGUUGCACUGUGUUGUUCGAUACCAAAACUGCAUUGAUGAGCCUGUUUGGCAUCCCGCUGUGGUAUUUCUCUCAGUCUCCACGUGUUGUCAUUCAGCCAGAUGUGCAUCCUGGGAACUGUUGGGCAUUUAAAGGUUCAACUGGAUAUCUGGUGAUUGGUUUGGCCUUGAAGAUUGUACCUACAGCCUUUUCUCUGGAGCACAUCCCUAAAUCCCUCUCACCCACCGGCAGCAUCAGCAGCGCCCCUCGAGAAUUCACUGUAUACGGUUUGGAGGAGGAGUACCAGGAAGAGGGACAGUUGCUCGGACAGUUUACUUAUGAUGAUGAAGGAGAUGCUCUUCAAACCUUUUCAGUUACUGAGGAGGUCAAGGAAAGUUUUCAGAUUAUCGAGCUGCGAGUCCUGUCUAACUGGGGUCAUCCAGAGUACACCUGUAUGUACCGUUUCAGAGUGCAUGGUGAACUCGCUGAAGAAAGUGACACUGACACAGAUGCCGCAGAUGGUGACGCAGAUGGUGAGGGCGACAUCGACACUGAAUGAGAGAAAUCAAUAAUGUGCCAUAAAUCUAUAGAGCAGCAGACACCUGAAGACAUAAUGAUAUAUGAUUAUAUACUGGUAUGUGAAUGGUUAAUCCUCAGUGCCAGCCUUAGCACUUGCUCAUCUGUCUUAAUCUCGUAAUAUCAGGGUUGUGUUUUUCUUUUCUUUUUUUUCUUUUUUUUUUUUGAAACCCAAUAUGGCAGAAUUGUUCACCAGCAAACAAAAUGCAUCGAUUAAAUUUUCUGGGUGACAUGAACCAGAAGAAUGUAUUUUAGACAAAUUGUGAAUCUUGACAAUAGGUUCUGAAGUUUUGUGAUUAUUUAUUUGUUUGUGUGUGUGUGGGUCUAUUUGUGGUUUUGCUAACUGAAAUGUGCCCUAUUUAAGAAAAGCUAAUUUGUAGCUAAUUGCUAUUUAUUUUUGACUAAGCUAAUAUAAGCAAGACUGGAUUGUGUAUUUUUGUAAAUGCUUUAUUCAAAGGAUUUUGUAAUUGCCAUGUGAUCUUUACAGGUUGGCUUUUCAAAUAAAAUCUAUUUUUUAUUUUAAAAA